AUGGGUUUUGCUCAGAAAAUCGCCGCAGCUCAGAAUAACCAGAUGGCCAAUAGUGGUUCAUAUGGAGGUGCACCUCCAUCGGGGUACACUGGAGGUCCUCCUGCAGCAUUGCAGGCUGGUGGAUCGAGUCAACAGCAAUACCAGGCUUAUUCAGGAUCCCCAGCCCCUCAGGGAUCGGUAAGCUAUCUUUUUCCUUUUUCCUUUUUUGUUUCCCCCCACUUUCACGUUUUACCCUUCGACACUCUGGAACAAUGUCUGGACCUUACCAAGGAUAUCCAUACGGCGGCUCAUCGCAACAGAAUUCCUAUUCCAGGCCUCCCCCAUCCACGCCAUACCCCGCAUCUCAGCCGCAAUCACAGGGCUAUGGCCGCCCCCCUCCACCCCCACCAGGCCAGCCCUAUGCAUCUGCUAGUUCGCCCUAUCCAGGUCAACAAGGACAGCAAGGACAGCCCUAUGCUUCUCCUAGCUCACCUUAUCCAGGUCAGCAAGGACAGCAAGGACAGCCCUAUGCUUCUCCUAGCUCGCCCUACCCCGGACAGCAUGCACAAUCGCCUUAUCCUGGACAGGCCUCUCCGUACCCCGGACAACAGCAAUAUCCCGGACAACAAUCUUACCCUGGACAGCAGCCGUCAUAUGUACAAAAGACCCCUCACCCUGUAUCACUGCCUUUGUAACCAGACACCACCCUACCCUUCUCAGGGAGCUCCAUACCCCGGUGGCCAGGGCCGUCCUGGACCCUCGCCUGGACCACCCAGUGGACCACCACCAGGUCAGUAUGGUGCACCAAGCGGACCACCGCCGGGCCAAUACAGUGCUCCAAGCGGACCUCCACCAGGCCAAUACAGUGCUCCAAGCGGACCUCCACCAGGCCAAUAUGGCGCACCCGGUGGGGGCCCUCAGUCCGGAGCACCUCCGGCCACCCCUCAACAGGUGGCAGCUUAUCACUCCCUCUUGAGUUCUACAGUUGAAGAGAAGCGUCUCGGAAGUUUCUACCCCAAAGACCGACUGGAUCGCCUUGUCCAGACGCUUGCCGCCGAAGCACCAGGCAAGCUCAACAAGUUGAUUCAUGAAUGGGCCGUACCUAUGGAGGUUGCGACCGAUGUGAUGAAGCUCUCGCUGUUCGACGUGAUUCUGUACGUUGAUGACAGUGGAUCUAUCGAAUUUGAAGAGAAGGGACUCCGAAAGGAACAGCUCAGACAAAUCCUUGGUAUCGUCGCUACUGCUGCGUCGACCUUCGACCAGGAUGGUAUCUCUGUCCGAUUCAUGAAUUCCAAUGAAAAGGGCGAUGGCAUUCGCAACGCAGAGGAUGUCGAACGUCUAGUGUCCCGAGUCCGUUUCUCGGGCCUGACCCCUCUGGGCACCAGCCUGAAAUCCAAGGUCAUCGACCCGAUGGUCAUUCAACCAGUCCGGGCCAAUCGUCUCGAGAAGCCCGUGCUGGUGAUCACCAUCACCGACGGACAGCCUGCUGGCGAGCCCCACGACACUGUGGGUAAUACCAUUCGUUACGCAGUGGCGGAGACCGCACAAACCCAUUAUGGCCCCGGCGCUGUAUCUUUCCAGUUCUCGCAGGUGGGAACUGAUCAAAGGGCUCGCGACUUCUUGUCUUCUCUGGAUGAGGAUCCUAAUAUUGGCCACCUGAUCGACUGUACCUCCAACUUUGAGGUUGAGCAGGAUGAGAUGUCCCGUGCUAACCCACCAGUGCAUCUCACCCGCGAGCUUUGGUGUGCCAAACUGAUGCUCGGCGCUAUCGAUUCUUCUUACGACACCAAGGAUGAGCGAGACAACCAACGUCGCGGUGGAGCUCCUCAAUCGACAGGCCAGUAUGGAGGGGGUUACGGUCAACCUCCCCAGGGACAAGCUCAGCCUCCGUAUGGUGCUCCCCCUGGUGCUCCUCCGAAUUACGGUUCCCAGUCGGGUUAUCCACAGGGUCAAUAUCAACCUCCCCAGCAGCCUCCAUACCAAGGAUCGCGGGGUGGAUAUGGCCAACAGCCACAGGGGUAUCCGUCACCUGGAUCAGGCUACCAGUAUGGACAGCCGCCACGCUAUUGA